AGGGGCUGAACCUGCGGCAACUGCGUGUGCUUAAAUCGACGCAGUUUCAAUUCCUAGAUAUGUUGCUAAAGACGCUGGAAUGUUUCAUAGUGAGUAACGUUAGCCGUGAACGGGCGGACUUUAUGGGACUACCUAGCUAGGUAAAUAAGUCACUGAUGUUGCAUAGAUAAAACUCAGUACAUAUCAAAGUAACACUAUAAAUUCAAAUUAAUAAGAAUGUGUUAAACCUUUUCGAAAAGUCGAGUAAUAAUGCAGGUGCUGCAGCUGGUGGCAAGCGCUUACGAGGUUGUUCGCUUAAGCGAGUAACCCUGUGCGAAUACAGCAAAGUAUGCGACUGAGUCUGAUCUGUGUUGAGGCUUACCGUAGAAAAGCAUGGGAACAUUUUAGCUGGCUUUGAAUCUUAUUACUGAGGACACCAGCUAGCUGGCUAGCUAAUUUAGCUAGCUAUGCUAGCAACAGUUGUGGUUUUUAACACGUAAUGAAAUUGCAUUUCACUUUCUGAAUAUUGAAGUUAAAAGAGACGCAUAAUUGCCAUAGUUAUUUUAUUUUGGGGGGCUUUGUUAUUGUGAUCCACUUUGCUAUCUUUCUACAUCGAACCUCGAACUAGAUAAAGAGCUAGUUCAGAGAAGGUUGGACAUGAGUGGACAAGCAAAAAGUUCUGUUCAAGGAGGAGAAUCGUAUGCGGCAAAUUCCACCGGACCAAAGGAAAAUGGGCAAAACAAGUCUAAUUCAUCCGGGAUUAGCAAACCACCUCCCGUGGAUAAGAGCGAACAGUCACACGCGUCUGAAUUUACGCAGACGUGGACGCAGUUGGCAAAAACGUUUGUAAUAAUUUUCCCUAUAUACGUAUUGGGUUUUUUUGAGUUCAGUUUCAGUUGGAUUUUAAUUGGACUGACAAUAUUUUUCUGGUGGAGAAAAAAUCAAGGAUGCAAAAACAACAGGCUAAACAGAGCUUUGGCAUUCUUUGAACAAGAAGAGAAAGCCGUCAAGCAAAGUUUGCCAAGUUCGGAGUUGCCACCAUGGGUACACUUUCCAGAUGUGGAGAGAGUAGAAUGGCUAAACAAGACUGUGAAGCAGAUGUGGCCCUACAUUUGCCAGUUUGUGGACAAGCUGUUCCGGGAGACCAUCGAGCCGGCGGUGAAAGGAGCCAACGCUCACCUCAGCACCUUCUGCUUCUCCAAAAUCGACAUGGGGGACCAGCCCCUGAGGAUUAACGGGGUCAAGGUGUACACCGAGAAUGUCGACAAGCGACAAAUCAUCAUGGAUCUGCAGAUCAGCUUUGUGGGAAACACAGAAAUCGACGUCGACAUCAAAAGGUACUACUGCAGAGCUGGCAUCAAGAGCAUCCAGCUUCAUGGUAUUCUGAGGGUGGUCAUGGACCCGUUGCUUGGAGACAUGCCGCUGGUCGGAGCCCUGUCCGUGUUCUUCCUGAAGAAACCUUUGCUGGACAUUAACUGGACAGGCCUCACGAAUAUGCUGGACAUUCCGGGAUUGAACGGCCUCGCUGACGGCCUGAUCCAGGACAUAAUCUACAGCUACCUGGUGCUGCCCAACCGAAUCACCAUUCCGCUGGUGGGCGAGGCUCAACUGACACGGCUGCGCUUCCCUAUGCCGAAGGGCAUACUGAGGAUCCACUUCCUGGAAGCCCAAGAUCUGGAGGGGAAAGACAAGUUCCUGGGAGGGCUGAUCAAGGGGAAAUCAGACCCGUAUGGCGUCAUUCAGCUGGGAAACCAGCUGUUCCAAAGCAAGACUAUCAAAGCCACCAUUAAUCCAAAAUGGAACGAGGUGUAUGAGGUCAUGGUGUACGAGCACUCUGGUCAGCACCUGGAGAUCGAGCUGUUCGACGAAGACCCCGACAGAGACGACUUCCUGGGCAGUCUGAUGAUUGAUAUGACAGAGCUUCAUAAGGAACAGAAGGUUGAUCAGUGGUUCGACUUGGAGGAAGUCUCCACAGGGAAGCUGCACCUGUCCUUGGAAUGGCUGUUCCUUCUCUCCACUCCUGAAAAGCUUGAUCAGGCCCUCACAAGCAUCCGCGCAGACAAAGGCCAGGCCAACGACGGCCUCUCGUCCGCGCUGCUGGUGGUUUACCUGGACUCUGCCAGGAACCUGCCGCGAAAUCCUUUUGAAUUUAACCACGAUGGCUUGAAGCAGGCUUCAAUGAAUAAGGCACACAAGUCUGGAAAGAAAGUGAGCAGUGACCCCAGCCCUUAUGUGCAGUUUUCUGUUGGGCACAAAACCUACGACAGUAAGAUACGGUACAAGACCAAUGAACCACUCUGGGAAGAAGCCUUCUCCUUUCUCAUCCACAACCCCAAAUGUCAGGAGCUUGUGGUUGAGGUGAAGGACGACAAGCACAAGUGUUCCCUGGGAACCCUGAGCGUCCCCCUGCUGCGACUCCUGGAGGAGGAGGACAUGACGCUGAACCAGAGCUUCCCUCUGAAGAACUCCGGGCCCAGCUGCACCCUGAAGCUGAAGAUGGCUCUGCGGAUCCUCUGCCAGGAGAAGCUGACGGCGUCGGACCAGCCGUCCUUGGUGCAGGUGAGGAAGGCCAGCGCCAGCGUACCCCCUCUCAGGCCCCCUGUCGCCGAACCGCACCGCCCCGCCAGCGACCACGCCCCCUCCACCUCCGCCUCCGCCUCCGCCCUGGAGCCGCAGCGGUGGGCGGAGAGCCCGGAGCAGGCCUUCGCGGGGAGCCCCGUCCGGUUGGCCGACGCCGGGAGGAGCACCUCCAACCUGGCCAUCUUCGGCUCGCAGCCGUACCUGGCGCACAGGGAGUCCACGCCCAGCAUCGCCUCGGACCUCUCCAUGCCCUUCGCCACCCAGGAGCUGCAGCAGAGGCUGCGGCAGCUGCAGAAUGGGACCGCCUCCAGCCAGUUCCCCCUGGGGGAGAUUCAGCUGACGGUUCGACACAGCUCCCAGAGGAACAAGCUCAUUGUGGUGGUGCACGCGUGCCGGAACCUCAUUGCCUUCACAAAGGACGGCUCAGACCCGUAUGUGCGCAUCUACCUGCUUCCUGAGAAGAGCAGGUCGGGCCGAAGGAAGACCCACAUGCUGAAGAAGACCCUAAACCCAGUGUAUGACCAAACGUUUGAGUUCAGCGUGUCCACAGUGGAGCUGCACAGGAGAACCCUUGACAUUGCUGUGAAGAAUGGAGGAGGACUUCUGUCCAAACAAAAAGGGCUGUUGGGAAAGGUGAUGCUGGAUUUGACACAUGAGGAGAUGGCCAAAGGAUGGACACAGUGGUAUGAUCUUACCGAGGACGGAUUACGAAAAACACACCAGGCCUAGAUGGGCCUACAUCUGGACUUCAUUAUUUCGGCUUAUACAUAUGGCAAAGAUGAUCAGCUUUUCUAUGGCAUUUCAUUUUAUCUAAUGGGCACUCAUAUGAAAAAUAUGCACAACCGGGAGUUAAAUUUUUUACAAAUAUGAUUUACUUUGAAGCAUUUCAUUUGUUCCAAUGUUCCUUUUCAGAUAUGUGUCUGUGUACUUGUGUUACGGGAAGCAUGAGGUGUUAUAUGUAAGUAAAAUUACAUAUUUAAAGAACACCAGUUGAACUUGGUAAAAAUGUUUCUGAAUCUAUUGCAAUUGAUUUGCUGCCAUUUUUUCCUAUGUGGCCAGUGUCUGGGAUGUAAAUAGGAACUGUAUCAUAAUGAAUCUGCUGAAAGUUUGUAGUGGAAACACGGGUCAAUAGUGCUUUGAAAAUGAGGAUUUCUGCUAUUAAAAAAAAAAAUGAUUCGAUCACAAAAAAAGGUUUUAUCAUCAUUACAAUCAAGUUUGAACAUUUGAUACAAUUGCUGUUAUCAUUUAGUGAAAGUACACUAACAUUUUAUUAUUGAAUUGUAUUGCCCAUGUAUGUGCACUGUAUGCUGAAUGUAUGUACUUUACGUAUGUAUUCAUAUCAUGUUGUAUUUUUGUUGGUCAUCGAAGGGCAAGUUUUUUUGUGCUUUCAUGUACAGUACUUAGCCCUAAAUUGUGACCUCAGGAUGACGGAUAAAAUCUUCUGGGGUUUGGUUUGAAUCCAUUUUGAAAAAGCAUGCUGACAUAAUUACGUCCAUCAAAAGAACAUCAAUAUUCAUAUCUUAAAUGAGAGCCAAUGCCUUCAUUUGAAGGGAACAUGUAAAUCAUUUUUAUUGUUUCUUAUUCUGUUGAAUACAAUAGACACGAGUCAGGAGUGAGCAUGGUACCCUGAGGCAUUGGAAUGCUCAGUUUAAUUUAUUUUAAUUAACUUUAAUUACUUUGUUACUUCAUAAAUGAAUGGUUUUGGUAUCUGGGACCUAACUAACAGCAGAGUCAUUAAGGAUAUGGCUUAAUGUCUUUGAUGGCCUAAUAAUUAAUUCAUCCAACUGUAUAUUUUUUUUAAAAAAGAACAAUCUAUAAGUAUGUGUCAUUUUUAGACAGGACCCCAUGGCUCUGUAAAUUUUGUUGAUAAUGAUGGAAUUGUUUCCCUUUUGUCAGAAAAAUAUAUAUUAUUUGUCAUAUUUCCUGUUUUCUAAAGUGUUAUUAGCUAUUUAAUCCAUCAAAUGAAAAUGAUCUCCAAGCUCACUCCCAGUUUCCAAUGCAAGAACUUUUGCCUUCUAUAUGUAUUUAUCUUGUGCCUUAAACACAAUAUUAAAAGAUGUAAAUGUCUGAAAUUUUAAUUAUUAUGCAUAAAGACGUUUCCUUGUUUGAGAAUGUUUCCUCACAGAUUUUAAAUAAUAAAGAGCCAUUGCUCUUUGUGCUA